AUGGAUGUCCAUGGCAGGAUAAGAGAAGUUCUUGCUGAGACUAUACGUGAAGAGUUAGCACCUGAGCAUCAGCAGUUGUCCACAGAAGAUCUGAUAAAAGCCUUGAGACAACGAGGAAUCAUUGAUGAUGUCAUGAAGGAACUCAAAUUUGUCCCUGAUGUGAAUGAAAAGGAGAGGACUUCAGCUUCAAAACCAUCAACACAUUUUGUUGACAGAGAGCCACCAGUUUUGAAAAAAACUAACAUUGACCCAACACGGAGGUAUCUUUACCUUCAGGUUUUGGGUGGAAAAGCUUUUCUGGAACAUCUUCAGGAACCGGAGCCUCUGCCUGGCCAAAUCUGUUCUACCUUCACGUUGUGUUUACAUUUUCGAAAUCAACGCUUUCGUUCUAAACCUGUACCCUGUGCCUGCGAGCCAGAUUUUCAUGAUGGCUUUUUACUUGAAGUGCACAAGGAUAGCCUAGGUGAUGGAAGUAAAAUGGUGGAUGCAACCACUAUGUUAUCCAUAUGUGAUCCAGUGCACAUGGUUCUGAUCAAAACAGACACCUUUGGUGAGACAACACUUGUAGCAUCGUACUUCUUUGAGUGGCGAUCUGUCUUGGCUGCAGAGAAUGGCGUAACAAAUGUUGCUGUUGAACUCCUGGGUGUAGGUACAGAAUCAAAGGUUUCUGUUGGUGUUUUAAACAUCAGACUGGAAAUGUAUCCACAGCUUAAUAAGACACUGUCUCCAGACGUAAUUCAUACUCAA